AUGCCGAUGAACUGUUCGUCCGCCUGGCAGUGGGAGCUGGCCAGCAAUGGCAGCGUGGAGUUUGAUGCCGACAUUGUCGGACCGGGUGUUAUUGCGAGUUUCAUUUCAGCCGCCCUGACGGCUCUCAUAUCCUUAGUCGUCGCAUAUGCUACGUUCUCGAUCCCGACCGAGCUGAUCAACGAUAUCGACGGGGUCAUCGCUCGCGGUCUUCGCGCCAUCUUCACUUCCCUGCGCACUCUCUUACACAUACCGAGCAUCGCAAAGACAGAGGGUGAGGAGGCGCGGGACGAACGAAUCAAAGUCUUCCAGACAUUCAUGCUCUCGAUCAGCGACCAGGUGCUUGUCUCCGAGAUGGCCAUCCUGAUAGCCACCUUCGCCAAAUACGACGAUAUCACCAUCUACUCGGUCAACGUGGUGGUGGCCCUCGGAUGUCUUGCAUCAACAGUCCAUCUUGCCAUGAUGCCCCUUCUGGUUCGACAGAUGCGGAAACAUCGUGUUAUCAAAGCAUCCAGAUCGAUAUCCAUGGUGAUCGCAGCCAUUAUGUUGGUGCUGCUUCUGGUCUUUCAGAUCAACGACACCUGGGGAGACGGUACCCAUAUUUAUUUCCGAUGUGCCCUCCACGACUGGAAAAAGGACGCUUACAAUCUGAGCGUCAAUUGGAUCAGUUUUGCAGUGCAGUUGCUGGUUCCCAUCUUCAUCAUCUAUGCCAACUACGAGGUCAUCCGCCUCCUAUAUUCCAGGAAAUCGGAUGACGAGACAGAAAUCCCCUCGAGCGGCACUGUGACCGACGACCAAACACGUAAACGUAACCGUCUAUCUCGAGUCUAUGACAGUUUCUCAGGAAUGCGGACAUACGCCCAGCAAUCGCGGAUGCGCAGAGUGUGGGCGCGGCAUAGAGCUCGCCAGAUUAUACAGAGCAAUCCGAGCCCAAGAGAGCAAAGACGACAUGCGUAUUUUAUAGCAGAAGACUGGGUCUUCCAUGAAUGUCAGGAGUCGUUCUUCUGGAGAAUCCUGUGGCUCCUAUCGGGGAAUCUCUAUGGUCUUUUCGAUGUUUUGACCGCCAGAUCCAACUCGGACGGCAUCUCAGGCGAACGAGACAGCAUGGGAUAUGGCCAGAUCGUGCCUUUGGUCCUGUUGAUUCUUCCAAUCUUUGCUGCACUCCAGAGCAUCUAUGACUAUCGCGACCGUAUCAAAAUCCCAGAGCAGCAGACCGACUCAGCAAAGGAAUAUCUGACCCCAUCGUCGGAGGAUACUCAGCAGGUUGUGGACACUCAAUCCCCAGCAAGUAUCAUCCGUCUCGACAGCGCAAACUGCACGGCCCCGUUAGCACGCUCAGCAACAAGUGCAACAGAACCAGACCCCUCGAGGUCGGUCCGUCGCCGGCAAACUGGACUCUCCAACAGCCCAAGACUUAAUGACGAGGUGAUGAUGACUGUCUUCUCGUCUCCCACCCUACCGCCCGCCGAAGACGAAGCGCACCUACAAACUGGCGUCGACAAGUCCUUACGGCAGUGGGCACUGCACGACAAGUACGAAGAGAUGCCCUUUGUCUCUUUCUUUGCGCUGAUCCACUCGGUGUUCAUGCUCGUCUUUGCCAGCCUUUACGGAUGGGGCAUGGCCAGCGGCUACGAUUACCUGGUCCUUCCGCUGAAUGUGAUUCUGGCUCUUAUUAUGGCUAGGAGGGUCUAUGGCUCGGUGUUCUUGUGGAUGUUUGCGCGCAAGAAUAGGCAUUUAUUUCGGGAGGAUAAUCAGUCGUCCAGGGCAGGGCAAGUGGCGCCGGACCCCAGUCAGAGGAUGAUGUAUGCCCAGGGGGCGAAUGCGGCGGCUGAAGAGGAUGAGGAAUAA